AUAUUGCCGUAUGUUAUCGAUACAUUUGGAAGCAUUGACAUGUACCAUCCCUACUGUUAACUCACACAGCUCAGUUCUGUUAAUUAUUGGAAAGUUUUUUUAAUGGAACAAUUUUAAUUAAAUUACAAAGUUGUUUACCCGCUGCGGCAGUUGGACACGCAGAAAGUAAAGCAGAUUACUGCUCGGGGACAGCGAUAUCAAAGAACCAGAAUCCGGGACAUCGGAGGCAGCGAUCCAAGACAAGGGAGUACACAAAGAAAGAUAGCCAGUGCAAAACCCGUUUCUUGCUACCGAUAAAAGGGGCGUCUAUAUCUCUGCCGAUCCGGAGCCCCUGGCAUUGCACCACUAUGAUGGUUGAGUCCGAUGGAACCGCCGACGCCACCCGCCGCCUGAACGUGAAGAAGCAAACGCUGGACGAUGCGUACGCCGUGCCCGCCAACUUCCUGGAGAUCGACGUGGUCAAUCCGCUGACCACCAUGGCGGCGGGCAAGAAGCGCUACACGGACUACGAGGUCCGAAUGCGGACCAAUCUGCCCGUCUUCAAGGUUAAGGAGUCCAGUGUGAGGCGACGCUACAGCGACUUCGAGUGGCUGCGGAACGAACUGGAGCGGGACAGCAAGAUUGUGGUGCCUCCACUCCCAGGAAAGGCCUGGAAGCGGCAGAUGCCCUUCCGCGGCGACGAGGGCAUCUUCGACGAAAGCUUCAUCGAGGAGCGACGCAAGGGACUGGAGGCCUUUAUUAACAAGAUAGCCGGACAUCCGCUGGCGCAAAACGAGCGCUGUCUGCAUAUGUUCCUCCAGGAAAACGUCAUAGAUAAGAACUACGUUCCCGGCAAGAUUCGCAACACAUAAGCAGCAUAAUCCGGAGCAAUCGAAACCCCAUAACCAUAGCAAUGCAAUGAAGCAAAAACUCGAACGAACAAACCCGCUACGAAAUCUUUAGGGAAACCAUGUGAAUGCGUGUGCUUGGCCAAAUUGAAGGAGUAUGGAGCAGAGGAGCGAUGAUGUAGGUUGGAGUAAAGGGAUCUGUUAUGCGACGCGAUAAGAGGCAGGGAAGUGCUGCUGCUCAGUUAAUGUUGAGCCCCUCUCACCCCCCGGGGAUUAGUUAAAACCAGCAUUGGGAAUUUUUAAUGCUAAAUUCAAGUUUAUAUGGUAUACAUAACAAUAUACAUACACAUAUAUUAUAUAUACAAUACAGAUAUUUACGAAUAGUGUACAUAAGACAUGCCUACCACGCCCUCGCUAAAUGAGUCUCGAAAGUAGGAGCUGCCCCUCCCAUUUUCCCGAUCCUCAGUUUCUUCGUUUUGAACCAUUGCAGCGGUAAUGAAGCAGCAAAUAAAAUAAGGGAGCCAUCCUGACCCCUAAAUCCAUCCCUUGUAUGUGUAUGCAAAUUAUUGAAUAUUUUGAAACAGUUUAGUGAAUAAUAUUGUACUUCGAAUCAAAUUAAAAUAAUUGAAAAAUA